AAUAACCUUUUACAAUUACAGAUUCUCUUGUUUCUAACUGGAUCUGUGUUGUGCGACAAAUUAAGUCGUAGCUAUCUACCACCUCCUGGUGCGCAUUUGUCAGCGGGAGACCUUAACUACAGCGAUCUACCAUUAGAAUUACCAAAUCAUGAAGUGUAUACGGAAUAUACAGCCCUGAAAACUAUUCCAGGACUUAAGGAAAUGGAAAAUUACUUUAUUGGCUCUCACGGCAGUGAACCUGUAUUCCAUGAUAUCGAUAAUAAUACACCAACAAGCACAACACCUGCUUCAGCGACCACUACGAACUUAGUUCCCGAGUAUAUUUCUACUCUAUCUACACAGGUGCCUACAGAAGCUGAUUUUACUUAUGCCACCACGGAAUCCAGAUUUCCACAGGUUAUCAACCAAUCACAGAGAUUUGAUGAACCCUCCAGCUAUGGCGAUGUUAAUAACUUUAACGGUACAGAAGUAGCUAGACCAGUUUAUGGAAUCGAUGAGAAAUAUUCAUUCUCUUCAAUGUCAUCACUAUCCAACUUUGACCCAAAUACAAUGUUCGCAAAUCAAAUGUCUAACAUGGACUAUCAAUAUCCUAGAACUGAUUCAAGUAAAGAAGUUGAAAUAGAAGGUGUCCAGCGACAAUAUGAUAUAUUGUCAUCUGCUAGGAGGAUGGAAUCAAAAAAUAGUGACAGAAACGCUAUAAUAACAAAUCAAAACAAUAAUUUAGAAUUAGAGGGGUAUUCCUAUAGCUUUGAUACUUCUAAUGGUAUGCACACUGAUGUUAUUGGUACUGCUAAAGAUGGUAUAAAGUUAAAAGGAUCUUUCUCUUAUACCGGUGAUGAUGGCAAAGUCUACAAGAUGGAAUAUAUUGCAGAUGAAAAUGGAUUUCAACCAAGUGGUGCACAUUUACCUACGCCACCUCCUAUUCCUAAAGAGAUACAAAAAGUUAUUGAACAAGCUUAUAUCAAUAAAGCUGCAGGAAUAGUCGAUGACGGUUCGUACAAUGAAGAAAAGUAUGGAUAUAAGAAUUAUAUGCCUCGCAAUGACAAUAAAGUUACGAAACAAAAUAAAGGACUUCUUACAAAGAAAACGAUAGUCCAACCUUCGAAUAUAUUUUACGAUAAUUUAAAUAAUAUUGACAAAUCAAGUACAACUAGUAAGGUGCCAUUGAAUAAUGAAAUAAUCCCAGUGCAAGUAAUCUAUGAUCAGGGCUACAGUUAUGAUCAACCACAAAAUAGGUUACUUUCACCUGAAGCUAUUGGUAAAGAAACAGAAAGUAGCUUAUCAGAAUCGCCAAAACCUCGAAUGCGAAUAGGUAGCAUCAAAUCUAUAGAGAAUGUUACUGAUGUAAAUUUAUAUAAAAAUUCUCCAAAUAAUGACACCAACUACUCUGAAAAACCAAAUCUAUUUGAUUCAACAGAUGAAGUAAGAAUUUAUGAAAAUAAUCAGCCAUUUAUAUCCAACAAGAAAUAUAAAUAUGAAAGCGAUAAUUAUAAAACUACAAUUUUUCCAACAAUGUACUAUAUGAACUUUAAUAACCUAAAUGGUGAUUCUAGUCGGGUAACUGAUUCCCAGACUAAGAUAAUGACAAAUUUUCCAACAACUGCAUCACCAAAUUAUUCUAUAGAAAAUGCAAGCACCGAACCAUCAUACAUGUCAGAGAACGACGAACCAAUGAUAUCUACCGGGAAUCCAAAAUGGGUAACUUCGGCCAGUCCUCGCACGGAAGCUAUGCCUGUUUACAUUCAAACGCAGGUUCGUGGAGAAGAUUUCAGCGGACCCAAACAAAUACCAACAUAUAAUCCUAAAUCUGGUUAUUAUUAUUAAAAUUGUUACU